UUACAUUACAAAAUUAAACGGUUUUUAUUGAGAGACUGCAGAUUCAAAUAGAGAUUCUCUGUGCACUCACUCCAGCAAAUGACGUUUCAACACUUGCCUUUCCCUUGAAAUCCCAAUAGAUCCUUCCCUACCAAUCCUUUUUUUUUUUUUUUGAAAAACGUAUACAAUCUAUUGAAUAUAGCGACACACAUUUGUGGGCAGGUGAUACUCUGCCAUUUUUGGUUGCCGAAGAGAGAGCGAGAGAGAGAGAGAGAGAGAGAGUGGAGGGAAUCAAUCAUGCCGAAAGGUGCGAAGAAGAGAGCAGCUGCCAAGAGAAAGAAAGAGCUAGAAGCGAAUAACCAUAUCGACAGUAGCAGCGGCGGGGACAACCCUCAAGGGAAUGAUGAUGUCAAAAACCAAGAUGAAAGAGAGAGCGAUGGUGGUGAGACUGGUUCCCCUGGGUCACAGGACCAAGAUAACCACCAGCAUCCAUUUAAAAAUGGAAAUGAAGAACCUAACAAGAGUAAUCUGUCAACUACUCAAGCAAUUGUCGGUAAUAACAACUCUGUGGAAGGAAUCACUGGUGAUGUCGAAGGUAACGAGCGAGUAGGAUUAGUGGAUGAUAAUUCAGUUCAAAUGGAGAGGGAAUUAAAAUCUAAAUCUGUUGAGAGAAAUAUCAUUAAUAUUGACCACAUCCAAUCUGAUAUAGACACCCAUGACGAGUAUGAUUGGAGCUCUAGAACUAGUAGUCCGGAUUUCGAGUCUCAAGUAUCUGAGAGAAAACAUGAGACACCAAACAUUUUAGGUUCAGAAGCUGGUUCAACCGUUUUUGGGGUUAAGACAGCUGAUUCCUUAUGCAAGGAGGAGCAGGUAUCUGAAGCUCCGCACUUGGGGGAUGCUACCAGUAGUUUAGUUACAGCAACUGCUCCUGUAGUUGACUCAGGUACCCCAGACCUGUCCACAUCAGUUGAGGCAAUCAAUGUUAUUGAAAGUGCUUCACUCAAGAAUUCAGCUGUUCAUGAUACAAUUCAAUAUGGAUCGAAGAAUAAUUAUGACAACCUGCUGCCAACAUCUGAUGAAUUCAUAGCUGAUUCAUUGGCUACGUUGGAUGGGGCAUCAAAGGAAAAUAAGGAUAACGUUCUUCCCAAUGUCAAUGAGAAUUUCGGUAAAUCUUCAGCUGUAGUUGAAUCUGCUGGAAGUGGAAAUGAUGGUAAGAUGUUGACGUCAGCAGGCACAUCUACUACCGAAACGAGCAAUGGUGCUAAAUAUAUUGAUGGCUCUCGGGUUCCUGAUUCUUCUGAAAACCAGCCUCUUGUAGAGUCAGCUCCGCGAAUGUCCCAAAGAACCUCUUGUUUGAGUUGCUGUGGAUUAUUUGAUUUGAUAGCAAGCUCCAGUAGAUAAUUCCAGGAACAAGUCAAGGGUGGGAGCUAUGUGUACUGGAAUUUUGUGGGGAGUAUAGAGAGAUUUGGUUGCAGGACGUCGCUGUAUUUGCAAUCAGAAUAUAUUUCAGGUCCUUCAAAAAUGAUAAAGUAGAAAUACACUUGGUACAAUUGACUAUAAACUUUGUUGUGGUUGUAGUGUGAAACUUGUGGACAAACUCAGUGUCCUUAGCUUUUGGUACAUUUAUGUUGUGAAUUUUGCAGUUAGAGCUUUUGUGUACUUAUUUCCUUUCAACUUGAGUCAAGUAGAAAUCUGAACCCGGAAUUACACAUAGUAGUAUAUUACAAUAUUAUUCUGUCCUUUUUCCGAUUGCUGGUAUAUAAGACCUGUUGGAACUCGGCCGUACCGUUGAAUGUUGGCCUGU